AUGACUACAUCUGUAAAAGAAUUUAGCAAAGCUUGGUGGGCAGAAGUAUACAAUCGUAUAAUAGGUGCGGUAGUGUUCUUGGAUGAUGUCAGUGCUGAAUGUUUGCAUUGGGAUGGGGGUUUAUUCAACUUACUUGAUGGUGGAGCAGUUGCUGUAAAGAGCUUGUCUCCUUUUGAAUUCUCCAAAAAAGAACACAGAAAAGCUGUUUUUAUUACACAGACAACAAGCACUCAGCUCCAAACGAUCAGAGAGAUAAUUAAGAAUAGUGACUUUACUCAUUGUAUUUUAAUAUCAUGUGUGAGUUGGGAUAUCGUGUACUUGGAGCUGAAUGAGAGUAGAGAUGUUAGUGAUGUGGUGUCAUCUGGAAAAGCACCAGUUGAAGCAACUAAGCAGCUUGAAAACAUGCUUCUAGAAUGGAUUGGAAAAAAACAAUGUGCAGUAGAAGUUGUGUAUAGCCCACUAUUUACAGUGUCUCCUACAAAUAUCAUAUUUUUGACUCCUCCAUAUGCAAAAAUCUAUCCAAAAUAUGAUGGAAAGUUAAUUCCUGACACUCCAUCCAUUGAUCUGUAUACUUUAUCAAAUAAAGAGAGGUCACUCGUACGAAGACUGGCUAGUGGUCUGAACAGUAUGUUAGAUUCAAUGAAUAUGAAAGAAGAUAUAUAUUACAUGGGAGCUUUCAGUUCUUUGAUUGCAGGUGUAUUGGAAAAUUCUCCAGUCUGUGUCUCCAGAAGAAAGAACUGUUCAAAUCCUGUGUCACUUAUCAUAGUAGAUCGUACAUUAGACCUGUGUGGUGUAACAAGUCAUGCUAUGGAGUCAGUUCUUGAUAAAAUGAUGGCAGUACUGCCGAGGUUCCCCGGCCAUUCUAAUGAUGUUGCUGUGGAUAUGUCACCACUUUGUGAAGCUAAUGUUAUUGCCCACCCUGAAGAUGUGCAAUUGAGUCCGGGCUGUCUUUACCACGCCAACGAUGACUCCUGCGCACAGACAUACGACCACAUGAUAAAUAAAUCACAAAAGGAAGUUAUGUUCGAUCUCUACAAUAAAUUGUCCAAACUGGACGUCCAAAAGUCACCGGGACCUAAAACUCUUUUAAAAGUCACACCACAGAGUGUUGAAAAGAUUAUAUCGGCUUCUAAAGGUAAUUAUGAUAUAAUAGCAAGACAUCUCGGCAUACUCCAACAAGCUCUAGGUAUAGUGCAAACGCUGAAGUCACCCAAGCGUAUUCAGUUGGAGCUGUUAAUGAGUUUGGAAAAACAAGUAUUACAAAAUCUUGCCACUAGCAGAGACUCUACCAGCGUUUUACAUCAGAUGAGUUACAUAAUUAAAACCAGAAAAGACAGAAACCUUCCAUUGGAUAGUCUUCUUGCUCUUCUCAUCCAUGUAUAUUCCUUAACUGGUACUGAAGUUAUAUUUAAUAAGCAACAUGAAGACAAUCUUCAAGAGACCCUUAGUAUCGCCAUAUUUGAAGACCAUAAAAGUUUGCUCACAAGUGAUACAUCACUCGUUACUCCUGAGCAAUGUGAAGAUAUUGCUAAGAAUAUUAUGGGAAAGUUAAAAGAAAUCUCACAGAUGAGGAAGAUUUUAAAUAAAUAUACGUCAGUUUUAAAACAGUGCGAAACGGGCACCGGCCACGAAUACCGUGGGGUUCUACAACAGCUGGUUAACGAUCUAGUUGAUACUGACCGACCAGAGUUAACUGAUCUGCGGCAUAGGAAUGAAGGAAUUAAAGACUUAUUGCGAAGUGGGCUCAAUAUAUUAACAAGCAAGAAAAAGAAUACCAAGCAUCCACUAGAUAAUGCAACGGUCAUACUAUUUGUUGUUGGUGGCAUUACAGCAGAGGAAUCGAAGCAGUUGCACAGAAGCGUUAUCACCAGCGGAGUUGAUAAUGUUGUAUUGAUUGGAUCCACCAAGUUUGUGACUCCCGUUGAAGCUAUGAGAGAUGUACUUAACUUA